AUGAAUUUCACUUCCCCGUAUGGUGAUUUUUUUUGUACAAAUUGCAAAUUAUGUUUUCUUCUCAUUUUUUUGCUGGAACCUAUCUCAAAUCUUAGUUCUUCCACCCCAUGUAGGGCUGGCCCGUACUCUGGUGAUGCGGAAUCUGAGGCCAGACUCCUCCGGUGCAGCAACGUGCAUUUUUCAACUGUACGCGUUUACCUGCAAAUACUUUUAAUUGUAAAAGGAGAUAAUACAAGUGGACACUUUUUAAACCUUAUUUUAUUGUUGACUGCAACAUUAUGCAAAGAGUUUUACAAUCUACUUUAUUUGCUUUCAUUUGUUAGCUAA